AUGCUCUGCGUCACGCGGGAUUACCAGCGUCACGCAGGAUGCUCUGCGUCACGAGGGAUUACCAGCGUCACGCAGGAUGCUCUGCGUCAUGCGGGAUGGCCUGCGUCACGCGGGAUGCCCUGCGUCACGCGGGAUGCCCUGCGUCACUCGGGAUGCCCUGCGUCACGCGGGAUGGCCUGCGUCACGCGGGAUGGCCUGCGUCACUCGGGAUGCCCUGCGUCACUCGGGAUGCCCUGCGUCACACGGGAUGGCCUGCGUCACUCGGGAUGCCCUGCGUCACUCGGGAUGCCCUGCGUCACGCGGGAUGGCCUGCGUCACGCGGGAUGCCCUGCGUCACUCGGGAUGCCCUGCGUCACGCGGGAUGGCCUGCGUCACUCGGGAUGCUCUGCGUCACGAGGGAUUACCAGCGUCACGCAGGAUGCUCUGCGUCAUGCGGGAUGGCCUGCGUCACGCGGGAUGCCCUGCAUCACGCGGGAUGCCCUGCGUCACUCGGGAUGCCCUGCGUCACUCGGGAUGCCCUGCGUCACGCGGGAUGGCCUGCGUCACUCGGGAUGCCCUGCGUCACGCGGGAUGCUCUGCGUCACGCGGGAUGCCCUGCGUCACGCGGGCUGCCCUGCGUCACGCGGGCUGCCAUGCGUCACACGGGAUGGCCUGCGUCACGCGGGAUGGCCUGCGUCGCGCGGGCUGCCAUGCGUCACACGGGAUGCCCUGCGUCACGCGGGAUGCCCUGCGUCACGCGGGAUGGCCUACGUCACACGGGAUGCCCUGCGUCACGCGGGAUGCCCUGCGUCACGCGGGAUGGCCUGCGUCACGCGGGAUGGCCUGCGUCACGCGGGAUGCCCUGCGUCACGCGGGAUGGCCUACGUCACACGGGAUGCCCUGCGUCACGCGGGAUGCCCUGCGUCACACGGGAUGGCCUGCGUCACGCGGGAUGCCCUGCGUCACGCGGGAUGGCCUACGUCACACGGGAUGCCCUGCGUCACGCGGGAUGCCCUGCGUCACACGGGAUGGCCUGCGUCACGCGGGAUGCCCUGCGUCACGCGGGCUGCCCUGCGUCACUCGGGAUGCCCUGCGUCACGCGGGAUGCCCUGCGUCACGCGGGAUGGCCUACGUCACACGGGAUGCCCUGCGUCACGCGGGAUGCCCUGCGUCACACGGGAUGGCCUGCGUCACGCGGGAUGCCCUGCGUCACGCGGGCUGCCAUGCGUCACACGGGAUGCCCUGCGUCACGCGGGAUGCCCUGCGUCACGCGGGAUGGCCUGCGUCACACGGGAUGGCCUGCGUCACGCGGGAUGGCCUGCGUCACACGGGAUGGCCUGCGUCACGCGGGAUGGCCUGCGUCACACGGGAUGGCCUGCGUCACGCGGGAUGCCCUGCGUCACGCGGGCUGCCAUGCGUCACACGGGAUGCCCUGCGUCACGCGGGAUGCCCUGCGUCACGCGGGAUGCCCUGCGUCGCGCAGGCUGCCCUGCGUCACACGGGAUGCCCUGCGUCACGCGGGAUGCCCUGCGUCACGCGGGAUGGCCUGCGUCACACGGGAUGGCCUGCGUCACACGGGAUGGCCUGCGUCACACGGGAUGGCCUGCGUCACGCGGGAUGGCCUGCGUCACACGGGAUGGCCUGCGUCACGCAGGCUGCCUUGCGUCACAACAAAGGUCUUGGAAGGACCGAAACGUCGUCAUGGUCAGGGGAUCUCGGUAG